GCCCCCGCUGCCUGACCUUGCCCCGUGUGUCUGACGAUGCUAGCCAUGUGGCGAAGUGGACAGAUAGGGACCGGGUUCGCGCCUCUCCGCCCGGACCCGCACCCAAUGGACACUUGUAGUCAGUCUCUGACCAACUCUCGUGGCCGCCAGGGGGCGUCUUUGUGCCCACUGGACACUGCCAACAACAAUGACAUAACCGCUGGAGAUGAGCUAGAAGGACAUUGUGGUGGUGCGUGGUGCUGUCAGCAUUGUCGGCGCGUGCAUAGCAACGGCGUCCAUAUUAACAGUGUCCAUAGCAGCGGCAUCCAUAGCAACGGCAUCCAUAGUAACGGCGCUGCCGCGGGACGACCGGGUGUUGUGGGCGGAGAUUUUCCCAGCAGCGACAACCCCUCGACACUCUCGCGUGAGGACUGCUGUGACGUCACUCUGUCUUCUGUGAACGGCAGAGCGGAAAGUUCCCACGGAAGCAGUUGUGACGUCACAGAUGGUGUGCAACGUUUCCUUGACAAGGACUCUGAAUGUGUUCAUGACGUGUCGGGACUUUCGUCUGUCUCUGACCCCAGCCAUGCUGGUAACGGUCUCUUUUCCCAAUCUCACUCCGUGUCGGCGCGACCAGACGAUUCAGAGGCCUUGGAUUCCCCAACUGGCACUGGGAAUUCCCCUUUGGAUACCGGGAAUUCCAUUAUUGGGACUGGGGAUUCCUCCUUUAACUGCCUUGCUGUGAACGGUGCAGAGAACAAGGAGAGUAGUUGUGCUGGUGAUGGAUCUUGUAGUUCGGGUUUUCCCGACAGUUUGGUGGAUGAUUCUUCUACUAUCCGGUAUGUGGAGAGCUGUGGAGGUGCUCGUAUUCCCGACAACAGCAACUACCACAACAACAGCAACAGCAACAGCUACAACGACAACGACAACGACAACGAUGAUGAUGAAGUUCGAGUGGGCGACUCCCAAGUCCGACCGUCUCUGAGGCGCGCCGUCAGCGUAGUUGACAGCAGCAGGUCAUCCGUGGUGACGUCAUGCGUCCAGACGUCUCCUGACGUGAGGUCACGUGAUUCUCGAGCUGUGACCCGCCGGGCCAGUUUCCCGCGCGCCCUGCCCACCAUCGCCGAGGCAGGCCUGUGUCGCUGUGAGCGGUGUGUGGCUGGGGACUUGUGCUGUGCUGCUGCUGCUGCUGCUACUGCUGCUGGUGCUGUUGUAGAUGGUGGUGGUGGUGGGUGUGGCAGGGAGCCUCGCCUCGUCGAUGUGGGAGCUGCCACCAGGAGGAAACAGUCUUUGCCCUCACUUACCUCGUCUUCUUCCACCUCUUCUUCCUCCUCCUCCUCCUCCCCCAUCUCGUCUUCUUCCACCUUUUCUUCCUCCUCCUCCUCCCCCAGUUCUUCCUCAUGCUCAGCUUGCUCCGCCUCCUUCUCCUCAUUGCCUUCCCCUUUCUCCGCAUCUCCCUCCACUUCUUCCUUUGCUGCGUCCUCCUCCUCCUCGUUCUCAGUGUUGCCUUCAGAAACCACGCCCACAUCGCCAUCAAAUCGUGAUCUCAAGGAGGAAAAUUCUCACAUCGUAGAUAAUGAUAGCACACAACUUUGUCAAUCCAGAGUUGUGGAUGACGAUGGCGGUGGUUGUGAUGAUGAUGGCGGUGACGAUAAUGAUGAUUCUGGACUCCAGGUCGGUUGUGAAUCAAAGCCUAAAGGGGACACCUGCCAAUGCAAACACAAAGAUCUUCCAACUUCAAACGUUUCCGAGUUGUCCAGUAACAACAAGUGCCUUAUGACUCCGCCCACUCCCUCACCAAGCCCCGCCCACUUGCUGUGUCAUGGAGACCUGCCAAAUCACGUGACUCCAGACCACGCGAUGUCUGCCUGCUCCCAUAAUGCUACCUCUGCCGACGCACAAACUGUCUCCGCCUCGGACGCGAUGCUCUCGGAAGAUGACAGUCGCCCCGCCCCUACAUGUGACAGUCGCCCCGCCCCUGCAUGUGACAGUCGAUCCGCCCCUACAUAUGACUGUUGCCCCGCCCCUCCGCCCUCCUCUGCUCCCUCCCUUAACCACGCCUCCUCUCCGCCCCGGCCCCAGCGGUCCCGCGACCUGGAGCUGACCCAGCUGUCUUGUGCUGACCACCCCGAGGGGCGUGUCCUGUCUGGGAGGGGCGGGGCCGGGAGGCGGGCCUCGCAUGGAGAUCUGGUGUGGCUGAGACAUGUCAAGUCUUUCUCCUGUAACUACAUGACCAUCCCCGACCCCAGCAACCAGCGCCUCAACUGGACCAAGCCUCCCCUGUCCGUCCUCAUCAUCCGCAAACACCUGGACGAGUCGGUGCUGUCUCCCUUCAGAGACCUGGUGGUAUGGCUGGUCGAGGAGUAGAUGACCUAACGGACAAGGUGGACUUCAUCAUUUGUCUGGGCGGUGACGGAACGCUGCUCUACGCUUCGUCGCUGUUCCAGGGCAGCGUGCCUCCCGUGAUGGCCUUCAACAUGGGCUCCCUCGGGUUCCUCACGCCCUUCCAGUUCUACGAGGACUUCAAGAUGGAGGUCAACCGGGUCAUGAAAGGUUCGGCGUCACUGCUGCUGCGGUACCGCCUGAAGUGUGUGGUGGUGAGGCACGAUCCCAACCACGACGACGAAAACAUCCCCCACGUGAAAAACAUACAGAAGGAACACGGCUCUCUCAAGACGCACAAACUGGUGCUCAACGAAGUCGUGGUUGAUCGUGGACCAUCCUCCUACCUGAGUAACCUUGACCUGUACAUCGAAGGUCGCCGGGUCACUUCUGUGCAGGGAGAUGGUCUGAUCAUCUCUACACCGACAGGCAGCACAGCGUACGCAGUGGCGGCGGGCGCUUCCAUGAUCCAUCCCAGCGUGCCUUGCAUUUUGCUCACCCCGAUCUGUCCGCACUCUCUCUCUUUCCGACCCAUCGUGGUGCCGGCAGGGGUCGAGAUUAAGGUGAUGCUCAGUCCUGAGGCACGCGGCACAGCCAUGGUGUCAUUUGACGGCCGCGACAGACAGGAGAUGCACCAGGGAGACAGCCUCCGCAUCACGACAGCAGCCUACCCCGUGCCUUCCAUCUGCGCCGUGGACCAGAUCGAGGACUGGUUUGACGGUCUGGCCGUCUGCCUCAACUGGAACAUCCGGCGGCAGCAGAGGCCGCUCAUGUCCACCUCCAGCCUCACCUCCAUCGACUCGGCCGACUCGGACGCAAUGACCUCCUCCCAGCAUUCCCAGCUCAACGGGCAGUCGGACAAGUCCAGUAGUCGCUCGCUGACCGGUGGAAACGGCUCAUGAAGGAUUGUUGAGGAGUAGAUGAUAAUAAUGAUAAUAAUUAUGAAAAUAUUGUUAAGGAGUAGAUGAUAAUAAUGAUAAUAAUGAUGAAAAUAUUGGUAAGGAGUAGAUGAUAAUAAUUAUGAAAAUG